AUGGUAUUAGAGCUGGAAUCUCAUUCUGAGAUUGAGUUUUUUUCUAGUUUUCUUGAUUCUAUUUAUAUCUUGAAAAUAUCUAAAGAAUCUGGAACUAAUGGAGGUAGUCUGAGCAAAAAUCAGCAAUCAAAUACUGGAGGUAUAUCUGAUCCUUAUUUCAUUGCAACAUCUGAUAAUCAUACCGCAUAUCUGGUUUCUACGGUAUUUUCUGGAACAAACUUUGUUAGAUGGAGUAGAAAUGGUAAACGUGGUUUGAUCGCCAAGAAUAAAGAAGGUUUUAUUAAUGGUGAAAUUGUGAAACCUGAUGUGGUAAGCAAGGAUUAUCAGAAGUGGAAACAUGUAGAUUUUAUGGUAGUAAGUUGGAUCUUGAGUUCUAUGAGCUCAGAAUUGGCUGAUGAUUUUGGAUAUAUUGAAUCCGCUGUAGAUUUAGGGCGAGAAUUAAAUGAAAGAUUUGGACAAACUAAUGGACCAUUAGUUUAUCAAUUAAAAAAGGAAAUUGACAACUUAAGACAAGAAAAUAUGACUAUAGUGUCAUAUUAUGGAAAAUUAAAGAAACUAUGGGAUGAGAUGCAAUGUCUACGAGUUUUUCCUUCUUGUACUUGUGGUGCUUUGAAGAAUUGUAGUUGUGAUUUUCUUAAGAAGGUUUCUGAAUUUGAAGAUGAGGAUAAGAUGAUGAAUUUCUUGCUUAGAUUAAACAGUGGAUUUGAUAAUAAAGUUACAAAUGUAUUAUCUAUGGAUCCAUUACCUAGCAUCAAUAGAGUGUUUUCAAUUGCACAGCAAAUUGAAAAACAGAAGGAAGUUAGUGGUGUUGCUAUUGAAAUCAAUGCCUUAGCAGCACAAGUUUACAGAAAUAAUUCAAGAAAUAAUGUGUACACUCAAGGCAGAAGAGACUGGAGAGAUGAGAAAAAGGACAAGAUGAAUAAACAACGUGCUCAUUGUAAAGGCAAGGGACAUACCAUUGAUCAAUGUUUCAAGAUCAUUGGUUAUCCUGAGUGGUAUAAUGCCAUCAAAGCUGCAAAGGAAGGUAAUAACGUUGCUGUUGGAGGUAAAAGUAAACCGGUGGCUAAUGUUCACACUGAAGAGAAGUAUUAUGCUAAUGAUCCUCUUGAUGAUUCAACUGGAGAAACUAGUCUGAAUACAAAUAUGUUAAAUGCAAUAUGUCAAGAAGUUAUGAGAGGAAUGAAGGGCAAACAAUCACAAUCCGGUGGUUAUGUUAAAAACAGCAGUUACUCUCUUCCCAACUUUGCAAAUAUUGUGUCAUAUUCCCUUAAUUGUCAUAUGAAUAAAUUCAGUGAAGAAUGCUUAUGGAUAGUAGAUUCUAGUGCGUGUGAUCAUAUGAUAUAUAAUGAGAGUUUGUUAAUUAAUACAAGAAAGCUUAAUAUUCCUGUGAAAGUGGGUUUACCCGAUGGAACCUGGAAGAUUGUGGAGCAUAUUGGUGAUGUGAAUUUGAGUGAUAAGUUGGUAUUGAAAGAUGUUAUACCGACUGAACAGAAUCAUAUUUCAGUGCAAUUUGCAAGUACUGGUUGUUAUUUCCGGGACCUCAAUAAAUCAGUUCUUCUUGGUGCUGGUACAAGAAAACAUGGUUUAUAUUACUUUGAUAGACACAAGAGUGUGAAGCUUACACAAAGACAGGUGACAGGUAUUGACACUGCUGUCUGUAAUACAGUGGUCAAUGAUGUACAUAAUGGUGAUAAAAUUGAGGAUAUGGCUUGUGUGUUGCCUAAUAAGACUGCUACUAGUGUAGCUCAAACUAAGAAUGAAAGUAGGAAUAGUCUGGAUUUCAUUUCUAGGACCUAA